AUGACCCACCACCGCGUCGUUAUCAUUGGCUCUGGCCCUGCUGCUCACACCGCUGCCAUCUACCUGGCUCGUGCAGAAAUUAAACCCACUCUCUUUGAAGGUAUGCUUGCCAAUGGCAUUGCUGCUGGUGGUCAACUCACUACCACUACUGAGAUUGAGAAUUUCCCCGGUUUCCCAGGAGGUAUUUCCGGCACUGAACUUAUGGAUAAUAUGCGUAAGCAAUCCGAAAAUUUCGGAACUGAAAUCAUUACAGAAACUGUGGCCAAACUUGAUCUCUCUCAACGCCCCUUCAAACUCUGGACUGAAUACAAUGAAACUGAAGAACCCCAAACUGCAGAUGCAAUCAUUCUUGCUACUGGCGCAUCUGCCCGCCGUAUGAACCUCCCUGGUGAAGAUACCUACUGGCAAGCUGGCAUUUCUGCAUGCGCUGUGUGCGAUGGUGCUGUGCCCAUUUUUAGAAAUAAGCCCCUGGCCGUUAUUGGUGGUGGUGAUUCUGCUGCUGAAGAGGCUAUUUUUUUGACCAAGUAUGGAUCCAAGGUUUUCGUUCUUGUUCGUAAGGAUAAGCUACGUGCUUCUACCAUUAUGCAGAAACGUCUGCUGUCACACCCUAAAGUCGAAGUACUUUUCAAUACAGAAGCUACUGAGGCUUGCGGUGAUGGUAAGCUUCUCCAGAGUCUGACCAUUUUUAACAACAAGACCAAUGAAAAGAAGAGCCUUGAGGUCAAUGGUCUGUUUUAUGCCAUUGGUCAUAUUCCUGCCACUCAGAUUGUUGAGGGCCAGGUCGAAACCGAUUCUGAAGGUUACGUUAAGACUAUCCCAGGAUCGGCCCUGACAUCUAUCAAGGGCUUUUUCGCUGCAGGUGAUGUCCAGGACAAGAGAUACCGACAGGCCAUCACUUCAGCCGGUACUGGAUGCAUGGCUGCUCUUGACUGUGAAAAGUUCUUGACUGAGGAAGGUGAACUCUAA